ACGCCAAAAUGUCGGUCGCUUUUCGCCUGAUGCCACGCUUUUAAUCCGAUUGGUGGAAGGCACACGAAGAGGCUGCUCACCUGAAAUCCGAUUGGUCAAGAAGCGUCUUUUGUGCGGAUUGGUGGAAGGCGAGGCCAUCCCGAUAUCCGAUUGGUCGAGAGGCGGUCGCGAUUGACGUGACGCAGAUUAGAAUUUCCGAAGUUCCCAAACUUGAGGGGACGAUAAGAGGGCAAUAAGUGGAUAUACACCAGUGGAAAUUGUUGCCGCGCGACGUGGGGAGGAAAAAAACAAACAAACGUUAAAGCAAGUGUCCCCUGUGCUGUGCCAAGAGGCGCCUGAAGGUGGCAAUGUCGGACCACAGCAGCAGCACUGGCAGCAGCGGCUCGUCCGCUAACAGCUGGACGCUCCUCUCACCAGAGGAAGCAGCCGUGGACAACGCCGGGCCGCUGGACGACGGCACGGAGAGCCUGGGCGACGCCCCCAGUCUGUCCGAGGACGUGGCGGCAGGUGCUGCUGCGGAAAUCAAGCCCAGUGACAUUCCAGUAGAGUGCAUCUUGUCAGAGGAAGGCCACCAGGUGUGUCAAGAGACCGCUCCAGAGUCCGGUGACGGUCCCACAAUUUGCUGUCCUCUCCAGCCUGACGAGCCCGCAGCGGACGACCCGCAGAGCCAGGCUCCCGUCAUUCACGACAUCGUGACCAGCUCGCCCGGUGACAACGAGCACCCGGGCGUGGCUUUCGUCUCCGGCAUCGAUUUCGGAGGGCCGCUUGACGUCGCCGAACCCGAAGAAACCCUCCAGGACGCAGAGGAACCCGUCACCGAUGAACCCGAGCCUAUCAUCGCCACGGACGUCCCCGCUGAGACCGUAGAGACAGCCUCGGAGCCUUCCUCACACCGGGACGCUGACAUUACCCAAGACGACACAGAAUUACCGGUGGACCCGGUGCCGGCUGAUGACGUCAUGGCUCUAGAGAACGGUGGCUCGGCGCAGGAGGACGAGUCCAUUGGGGAGAAGGAAGAAGAGGAGUGGCCGUCUGAGUUAGAGAUGCAGGAGGAGCAAGGAGAAGAAGAACGCCCCACGAGUUGCCAUGACGAUGGACUCCGGAGGAGGACCAUCCCGCCCUGCCCGAAAAUGUCGGAUGAGGAAGAGGAGGAGGAUGAGGUGGAAUUGAGGUUGCCGGAGGGAAAGGAGGAGCAGACGUGGUGGACGAUGAACAAAUGCAUCGUGGGCGCCGCUGUGCUGCUCUUCCUGGGCGCGCUCUUCCUCUCUGGUGACUUGGACGCCGUCGAUGUGAACGAUGCAGAACAAAGCCAGAAACCCGCUGACCCUCAAAGCGAUACCGGCUCGCUCCACGCUGACGAAAAGCCUACAGAGUUCAAGGCCGCCUUGGGCAUGUUUGACACGGACGCCAGCGGUGACGUCAGCGCCAAGGAGCUGGGCACUGUGCUGAGGAUGCUGGGAGAAAACCCGUUGAGGCAGGAGCUGGAAGCCAUCAUUAAGGAAGUCAAUGACUAUGCCGACAGGAAGCUUCAUCUGAAGGAGAGCCACGAGAGGCCAGAGGUGAAACAAGACGGUAGCGAGCGGCGCAGGCGAAUGUGGGAGCACCUGGAGAAGAUCCGGAGGGAGAUCGCCGAGGGGGUGGAGCGCCUGGGAGAGAGGUGGAAGAAGGAUCAAGGAAGGCGCCACAAAGACACGAAGGAGAAGGAUCGUAAGCACCGGGACGAGUGGGAGACCAAGAAGCCGCAGCGUCGGCUGGACCGCGAGGAGAGGAGAAAGGAGAAGCCGUGGCGCAGUCGCCAGAAGCAGCGUUCCCACGACCUGGCCGACUUCUGGCGGGCGCAGGAGCAAAAGCUGCGGCGCCCCGCGCUCCCUCGCCGCUCCUGCGCCUCGGUGGAAGACUGCGCCGCCAAGGACGGCCUCUUCCCCGUGGAGCUGCCCGAGUUCCAGGAGCUCCUGGAGGGCUACCUCGGCAAGCUGGCGGGCUCACCGAAGGAGAGCAAGGACUUCCUCCGCUGGCUGGUCGCCGACUUCUUCAGCGGCGGCGUCUUCGCGCACGACCGCCGGGUGUUCGCCGACUUCGCCGAGGACGUGGCGGACAUCCUGGAGGACAUGGCGGACGUGGCGGAGGGCGGCGACGACGUCCUGGAGGAGGCCAUGGAGGAGUUUGAACGGGAAGCCCUGUGGAAGUUUGCCGCCACAGAACAAUAAAGAGCGGAUGUCGUCGGCAGACGUCUUGUUGCCGUACACCACAAACAUCUCCAGUUUUUGGUUUUGGAGUACAGUAAUCCCCCGCGAAUAGGGACCAAGCCCUGCUGCGAUAAGCAGCAAGUAAUUGAUGCCCCCCCUCAAAAUUUUGUACAAUUGCAUAAUUUACCACGUACAGAAAGUCUGUAAUUUUGAGUACUUUUGUGUUUUGCUCGGCAGCACCAAAUAGCUAACACAUCUUGCUCACAGAGGUUGAAUCCGGCCUCACACAGGAAGCAAGCAGUAACGGGAUUCAAAUGUGGACAAAUGUAUUGGGACGCAUGGACAGGAAGUCUCCAGUCUCCGUUCUGCUUAUCAAGUUCUUUCAUUCUACACUCAUCCAGGCGUGCCUUGACGGAAUACAAUAGAAUUGUCCAUAAUGUUUAAGAUGAUGAAUUCAGAUUCUUGGGGAAACGGAUUAAUUUAUUUCAGGGUGUGUUCCAACACUUUUGCCUGUGUGACAAGGUCCUCUUAUAGUCCCACAAUAGUAACCUCCUUUAUUUUUUUUAUUUUACUUUUUUCUCUCAUGGCUGUCGAGCCCAUUUGCUAACCAAACUGGCAGCACCAAGGGACGUCAACAGUCAAGUAUGUUGUUUUACUGCAUGUUGUAAACAAGUUCCCUGCGCAGUAUUAAAGACGAUCAGCGUUGUAGUGGACUUCACAAUCUUGUGUUGCAGACCAAAACAGCAGCACCUACUGAAAAAGUGAACAGUGACAUUGUGCCAUCUUCUUGUGAAUUGAGUUCCCCUCGCAGUAUUAAAGUUGAUCUCGAUGUGGAGAUGGCGUCCUUAGUGACGAUUAGCGUUCCGGUCGACUGUUGACCUGGCUGCUCCACAAUGUUGCUAGCCAAAACGGCAGCAGCUACCGGGGCACAAACAGUCUUGGUGCAGUCGCGUUGUAAACGGGUAUUGAGAUGAUUUGGGAUUAUGUGGAGUAUUUUGUUAGCGCUCCACUAUACCGAUGCUACAUGGCGCCAGAAUGUUGUUGCUAAUCAAAACAGCAGCACCUACCAAAGCAUGUUGACAUGGAAAAUGUGGACUCGCUUGUGAACGAGGUCCCUGCACAGUAUUAAAGAUGACUGUGUAGAAGACAUUUUUAGUGUUUGAGUAUGAUGCUGUACAACCGCUCCAUAAUGUGUGCAUAACCAAAACACCUAUCGAGACGUGUAGUUUCCUGUGGAGUCAUACUGCAUGUUGUAGUUUCCUGUGGAGUCAUACUGCAUGUUGUUAAGCAGCUCCCCGCGCAGCAUUGAAGGUGAUUUUUUUUUUGUAGACUGUCUUCUCCUAAAUGUUGUGUAUAAUGUGUUGCUAACUGAAGCGGCAGCACCUACAGAGUCACAAACAGUAUUGGAGAUGAUUUCAUGGAGAAGACGUUUUAAGGUGUCCCAGUAGGCUGCGUCUAUGUUGCUAACCAAAAGAGCAGCACCUGCCAAAGCACAAUAACCGUCAAAUUGUGGAGUCCUAAAUUCCCUGCUUAGUAGUAUAGAUCAUUAUGUUGAGAGGUCCUCUCGCUCUACUAGACUGAAGAUGUGGUCGCUCCACAAUGUUGUAUUGCUAACCAAAACAGCAGCACCUGUCGAAACGUGCCAACGUGGAGACCCGAAAAGUAUUCAUGAUUAUGUAGUGAUGGCGUCUUUAGCGACGAUUAGCGCUCCAGUAGACUGACUCUUUGUUAGCUAUACAAUGUUGUGUGUUUGUUGACAGUCCUCAAGCGUGUUAUUUUGACCUUUUUUGGGGGGACUUGUCAUAUUUGAGUACUUUUAUUUAUUUAGAAUCAUAACUGCGUAUUUUGAAGUUCAACUCGCUGAUGUGCCUUUUUAUUGUUAAAAGAUAACGAAAUGCUAAAAGGUUUUCAUUUGGUCCUGCUAGAUUCAAAGGAAUGUAAUGUUGAGAAGAUGAAUGUGACUCUUAAUUGUACUUGAACUGCAUUUAUCUUUUAGUUUUGGAAAGGCUAUUAGUGACAUCAGUAUUUUUUGUUAAAUAGCUUCUUUUUUUUGCUGUGUUUUCUCCCAGUGUGGGAAGUGCAUCAUGUCCUGGAUAGAUUUGCUUCACACCCUCCUCCCAAUUCUGUCCUGUGUUAAGUUCAAUAAAUGAUUACCACAAAAUAGCUGA